AUGAGCUUCAAUGAUAAUGAACUAGAAACUACUAGUUUGGCUUCACAAAUCGACAUUGAAGGCGAUCGUUUCAUCACCCAGGUUGAUUUGAUAAAACCUCCCAAGUUUGAUGAGUACCAAGAUGAGUGCGUCGACGAACAUGGCGGUUUCGAAAACCUUGAACCUGAUUCUAUUUUAGAAGCACUGCAUGGUGAGACAACAUCAUUAAAUGAAAUGAUGAACACGACACCAUAUCAAGAUCCAUAUUUGGAGCCGUUGCAAGCAGUUGAAGCUACACAGAAUGUGGAUAUGGGCAACAAGGAGCUGUCCCAAGCCAUUCAGCGCAACAGCAGUAGCAGGACCUUUCUUUUGCUUUUCUUAUUUGUACUUACCUUCUCCAUCCUGUUUCUAGAUUGGUACAGCUAG